AUGGCGUGUUUGCUCCUUGCCAGUGCGGCAUGGGCCACUAAGACCGUCUCGUGCGACCAAGGCUCCGGCAUGCUGCUGCCCGAGGUCAUGCUGACGCACAUCAGAGUCAAGCCGCAGCUCGUGCUCACGCCGUACUACAACAACUCGCUGUGGGCAAGCAACCUGACCAUUUCGCAGCGGAUCCACACGCCGAGCCACGGGUGGCGGCCGUGGGUAGUCGGGCACGUGGCGACGGAGUUGGCGAACGGGACGCGUGUGCUCGAUCACGACGUGCCGUCGUUUGUUGUCAACUCGGCGGGGAUGGUCCGGCUGGAGGUCAUUGUCCGUGCGGCCGGAAGCACGGACUCGCUCUGUGGCUUUACCACGAUCCGGCGGGUGCUUCCGGGGUGGGUCUCGGUCCUCCCUCCGAUGCUGACGACUGUGGUGGCGAUUGCCUUCCGGCAGGUCCUCCUCGCGCUGUUCUCGGGCGUCUGGCUGGCGGCGUUUCUGCUCAACCGGCUCGACCCGCUCGAGGGUCUGCUGCGGUCGGCAGACACGUACUGGGUGCAGGCUAUCGAGGGCUCGGGUCACCCCGGCGUCAUUCUGUUCACCUUUUUCCUCGGCGGGUGCAUCGGGAUUGUGUCCAAGAUGGGCGGGACGCUCGGGCUGGCCAAGGUAGUGACCAAGCUGACCAAGUCGUCGUUUUCGGCCAAGGUCUGUACGCUUGCCAUGGGCCUUGUCAUCUUCUUUGAUGACUAUUCGUCAAUUCUAAUUGUGGGCUCGACGAUGAAGCCAAUUCUGUCGCGGCUCGCGGUCUCGCCGGCCAAGUUUGCCUUUCUCAUCCAUGUCAUGGGCGCGUGCCUGGCGUCGUUUGCGCCGGUCUCGUCGUGGGUCGGCGUGGAGGUCGGCUACAUUCAGACGCAGUACGAGCAGUUGGGGCUCGACGGCGAUGCGUUUGUCAUUUUCCUGCAGACCAUCCCGUACCGGUUCUUCCCUGUCCUCAUGAUUGUCUUUGUUUGGAUCCUCACGCUAAUGCGGCGCGACUUUGGGCCGAUGCUGGCACUCGAGGAGGAUGCGCUGGCGGAGCAGGAGGCGGUGUCGCGACGGCGGACCGACUCGUCGAUGUCGAUGGCGUCAUCGCGGCGCGGCAUGUCUAUCAACUCGGCCAAGUAUGCACUGCGGUCGGGCGAGGUCGGCGGUGGGCUCGGAUACUCGACGACCGGCGACCCGAUUCUUGUCCGCGGGCUCUCGUCGAACGAGACGAGCAUGCGGGUGGGCGACGAGCCGCGACUGCUGUCCGGGGCGAGCUCGGACAGUGGUUCAGGCGACGGGGCCGGGGCUGGUGACGGCGGGGCGCUGGCCCCCAAGCCGGGCGCGCCGCAGCGCUGGUUCAACGCUGCCAUUCCAUUUGGCAUCAUCAUUGUGGUCACGUUUGUGGGCAUGUACCUCGACGGGUACUACACGCUGCGCGGCGAGAAGAACCCGCCGCCGCGGACGCUGGUCAACAUCUUCUCCAACGCCAACUCGAUCGACGCGCUGCUCUGGGCGUCGCUGUUGGGCACGAUGGCGGCGCUCUUCCUCGCGCUACUGCAGUGCAUUCUCACGCUGUCUGAGGCCAUGGAGGCAUGGGUCGAGGGCGUCAAGGACAUCCUGGAGGCGAUCAUCAUCCUGCUGCUGGCGUGGGCCCUCGGCGGAGUCAUCUUUGAUUUGCAAACGGCUGCAUUCCUCUCGGAGAUCUGCAAUGGCAUCCCGGUCGGCAUCCUUCCGCUCAUCAUCACCCUCACGGCCUUCCUCAUGUCGUUUGCCACGGGCUCUGCUUUUGGCACCAUGGGCAUCCUCUUCCCUCUUGUCGUCCCGCUCGCCUACACGCUAUCGACCAAGUCAACCGCGCACGCAGCGUCCAACGUCGUCCUCCAGUCGGUCUCGUCGGUGCUGUCGGGCGCGGUGUUUGGCAACGUCAUUGCGCCGAUUGCCGAUAACUCGGUGCUCGCGUGUAUGGUCUCUGGUGCCGACAUUCCGCUGCACAUCUCGUCGAUGGCGUUGUACGUCGGCAUUGUCUCGGUCGUCUCGCUGCUGGGCGGGACCAUUCCGUGCGGGCUCGGGUGGUACCCGUCGUGGGUCGGCCUCCUCAUCUGUACAGCCAUCCUCAUUGGCAUUGUCUUUGUGUUUGGCAAGGUGCCAUCGGUAGACCGGGGGAUGGCGCGGAUCAGCGAGCGGACCGCGCUUCUCAGCGGAGCGGUGGCCGAGUCGGGCGGCGUCGACUUUUACGAGACCGAUGUGCCCCAGAAGCGGCGCAUCUUCUGUCCGUGCUGGAGGUCGAAGUAAAGUGAUUUAGCUCUG